GGAAAGCGUAUCCGUGCAUCCCGCGCUCCUCUCUCUCUCUCCCGCCUCGCCUCUCCUCUGCGCGAGCUCCGGCCCCUUCCGACCUGCUCGACGGAUUGCCCGCCCGCGCGCCCGCCGGGGAGCCAUGCAGCCGCCGCAGGCCCCGCUCGCCGCGCUGCUGGCCCUGCCGCUGCCGGCUUCCUUCGUCCCCGCGCCGCGGCGGGGGCGGGGCAGCCGCGCGCGCGGCGCGGCCGUUGCGGCGGCGGCGGCGCUCUGGCCGGCACCGCCGCGCCUCGCGGCCGUCGAGAGCACGCCGCCGCCGUCCAGACCGGGUUCGGCCCCGGCGCCGACGCUGCCCGAGAGGGCCGGCACAGGUGUGGACGCGGGCACCGGAGGAGGCGGCGGCGGCGGAGAUGGAGGAGGCGGUGCUGAUCUCGGGUGGCUGCGGGUGUUCCCGCACGUGCUCACGGCGUCCAUGGCCAAUUUCCUCUUCGGCUACCACAUCGGGGUCAUGAAUGGUCCGAUAGAGGAUAUCGCACGGGAGCUUGGUUUUCAGGGGAAUCCAUUUCUCCAAGGCCUUGUGGUCAGCAUAUUUAUUGUUGGAGCAUUUUUCGGAAGCUUAGGCUCGGCUGCACUUGUUGACAAUUUUGGAUGUAAAAGGACUCUUCAAAUUGAUAGUAUUCCAUUGAUUCUUGGGGCACUGCUCAGUGCACAAGCAGAUUCGUUGGAUGAGAUGCUCUUGGGAAGAUUCUUGGUUGGCAUUGGAAUAGGUGUAAAUACAGUGCUUGUUCCGCUAUAUAUAUCCGAGGUUGCUCCAACAAAAUACCGGGGAUCUUUGGGGACCCUCUGCCAGAUUGGUACAUGUUUGGGAAUAAUUGCUGCCCUGUCACUGGGAAUACCAUCUGAAAGUGACCCACAUUGGUGGAGGACAAUGCUUUAUGCUGCAUGUGUACCUGGUGUUCUUAUUGUUGUUGGAAUGCAAUUUGCUGUCGAAAGUCCCCGCUGGCUUGCGAAGGUUGGGAGAUUAGAUGAUGCCAGAAACGUUGUAGAACGUCUUUGGGGACCUUCUGAAGUUGAGAAAUCCAUGGAAGAGAUCCAAUCUGUCGUUGCAAAUGAUGAUUCACAGACUAGCUGGUCAGAACUUCUGGAGGAACCCCACAAUAAAGUUGCAUUGAUUGGAGGAUCCCUUUUCUUUCUACAACAGUUUGCUGGCAUAAAUGGUGUUCUGUACUUUUCGUCAUUAACAUUUCGUGAUGUUGGUAUUACAAGUGGUAUCUUGGCGAGCUUAUAUGUUGGAAUAACCAAUUUUGGAGGGGCAAUUGUUGCUUCAAAUUUGAUGGAUAAGCAAGGACGAAAGAAACUCUUGACAGGAAGCUAUCUUGGAAUGGCACUUGCAAUGUUCCUUAUAGUAUAUGCUAUUAGCUUCCCCCUCGAUGAAGGAGUUAGCCACAGCCUGUCAAUUACUGGAACUCUGUUGUACAUAUUUACAUUUGCUAUUGGAGCUGGACCAGUUACAGGAAUCAUCAUACCAGAGCUGAGCAGUGCUCGGACACGCUCAAAAGUUAUGGGCUUCAGCUUCACCGUACAUUGGAUAUGCAAUUUUCUGGUGGGACUAUAUUUCUUGGAGCUCGUGAAGAAGUUUGGCGUUGGAGCAGUCUAUGCAGGCUUUGGUGGAGUAUCCUUGUUGUCAGCAUUUUUCGCUUACAAUUUUAUUGUUGAGACGAAAGGACGUUCUCUUGAGGAAAUCGAAAUGUCUAUGAGCCCUGCUGCCCCUGGCAAGCAAGAGUGACUGAGUGAGACGAAUUCUUGCAUUCAGUUAUGCAGACGGACCAAACAUUCAACCGCUCCAAGGAGUUUUUGAUCCAAGGGGUACAGGAAUUCCACAUUGUUUUCUAAUGAUCUAACCUGCUUGUGACUGCAUAUAGUGGUUAUGUAGAAGCAGUAACCCUUCAGCAAUGCCAACUGCUUUACUUUAAUGUAGGUUUAUUGUGGAGGUACUUAAGUGUAAUUAUAUUCAUGUAUAUAGCGGAUGACAUUACUGAAGGAAAUACGCAGCUAUCAGAAGUGUUAAUUUAGAUAAUAGUGUUAUAUUGUUAAAUAGUGCAAGCAAUUGAAGUAUCAAGUAAAUAAAGGGCAGAGGAAUUGCCAUUGUCUUGGCCUUUCUAUUUUUUUAUUUGUGCUUGCCUUGUUCCAAAUCUGUUUCAGUAAGAGUUCUAGACAUUUUGUUUGAG